CGUCCGCCUCGAGGGCCGCUCCCACCGCGCUCCCGCCCGCCUUGGGGGGUUUCCGUGCGUGCUGGAGGAGCCCCGGGUCGGGACGCGGAGAAAGAGAGACGGAGAGACGACCCCCUCCCCUCGCCCCCUCCCCGACCCCCCGGCCUGGAAAUAGUUUAUUUCCCAGGGCGGUCCCGGACCGCAGAAGGGACGCCCCCGGACCCCCGUCCGCCGGCAUGGAGGGGGCUGGAAAGGGAUUUUGGGUCUGCGCGCUCCUCUGCCUCGUCCCCCGGCACACGGAGAUGUCGUUGCUGCCCCUGGAAGAGUGCCGUGCCAUGAAGAUGAUGGAGCUGGAGCGGGAGAAGUGCCUGGAGGACCCCGACAACCACACCGCAGUCUCUCCCUCUCCAGGGGGCUGUGAGAGGAUGUGGGACAACAUUACCUGCUGGCCGGCGGCUGAGGUGGGCCAGGUGGUGGUCCUGCCCUGCCCGCUCAUCCUGACCGUCUUCUCCAACCGGCACGGCAGCAACGUGACCCGAAACUGCAGUAGCCACGGGUGGUCCGAGCUGACCCCGGCCCUGUACACCACCGCCUGCGGCUAUGAGAUCCUCCCCGUGGAGGAGAAAGGAUUCUACCUAGCGGUGAAGAUGGGGUACACCAUUGGCUACAGUUUGUCCCUCAUCACCCUCACCGCUGCCACAACCAUUCUCUGCCUGUUCAGGAAGCUGCGCUGUACGCGGAACUUCAUCCACACGCACCUGUUCGCCUCCUUCAUCAUGCGCGCCAUCGCGGUGUUCCUCAAGGACUUCGUGCUGUACGAGAACGAGGACGUGGAUCCCUGCACCCCUGGCUCGGUGGGCUGCAAGGCUGUGAUAGUCUUCUUCCAGUACUGUGUCAUGGCCAACUACCUGUGGCUGCUGGUGGAGAGCCUGUACUUGCACAUGCUGCUGGCCAUCUCCUUCUUCUCCGAGAGGAAAUACUUCUGGUGGUACAUUAUGAUCGGCUGGGGUGUCCCCGGCGUGUUCAUCUCGGUGUGGACGAUCACCAAGACCUACUUUGAUGAUUUCGGGUGCUGGGACGUGAUCAGCUCGCAGUACUGGUGGAUCAUCAAAGUCCCCAUUGUGACGUCCAUCCUGGUGAGCUUCACCCUCUUCAUCUGCAUCAUCCGCAUCCUCGUCCAGAAGUUGCAUCCGCCGGACGUCGGGCGCAGCGAAACCAACCAGUAUACGCGCCUGGCCAAGUCGACGCUCCUCCUCAUCCCGCUGUUCGGAGCCCACUACAUCACCUUCGCCUUCUUCCCCGACAAUUUCAAAAUGGAGGUGAAGGUCAUCUUCGAGCUGCUCCUGGGCUCCUUCCAGGGCUUCGUGGUGGCCAUUCUCUACUGCUUCCUUAACGGAGAGGUCCAGGCCGAGCUCAAGCGGAAGUGGCGUCGAUGGCGACUGGAGCAUUUCUUGGGCUCGGAUCCCAAGUACCACCAGCCGUCGCUGGCCAGCAACGGCACCAACUACAGCACGCAGAUCUCCAUGCUCGCCAAGUCCAGCCCCCACGCCCAGCGCUCCGCCAGCUUCCAGGCUGAGCUCUCGCUCGUCUGACGGGCAGCGCGGGGACCUCGGGACCGCCACGCCACCCCCGGUCCUCCCCUACCGGGCAGGCCCCCGUUCCGUCUUAAUCCUGGAUCAACAGCCCCAGCCCUGCCCCUGUUAGACAGUGGAAGAUGUUCUUGACCGGAGCGGGGUUGCGGCCUAAGCCAAGGGGCAGCGUUGGGGAGACUCGGCUGCGCCCCCGGAUAAAACACGCACGGAUGAUCCGUGGCACGGAUAAUACAGGAACAACCACAAUCUGGACAAUGCACGAUGCAGGUAAUCCACAGUGCAGCUCAGCCACAGUGCGGAUAAUCCAAAGUGCAGAUCAUUCACAGCACGCAACACCCGCAGCGAGGAUAAUUCACAGUGCAGACCAGCUAGAGUAUGGAUAGUCCAACAGGCGAAAGUCCAAGACACAGAUAAUCCACAGUGCAGAUCAGCCAGAGUAUGGAAAAUCUACCACGCGGAUCAGCCACACCGUGAACAGUAUACCGGGCAGAUAAUACAAUGUGUAGAUAAUCGACAGCAUAGAUCAGCUGCAGCACGGAUAAUCCGUAGCACAGAUCAACCACAGUGCGGAUAAUACAGAGUGCUGAUCAGCCAAACCGUGGUGACGGAAAAAUCCACAGUGGGGGUAAUCCCCGGCACAGAUCGGCCACAGCGCAGUUAAUUCACGGGUCAACCAGCAGAAGCUGACCGGGAUGUCCGGGGGACCGGGCCUGAGAAACGGGCUCUGGAGAAAUCUGUAGGGCAGUGGGGGAAGGGGAUUCCUCCAGUGGCCAGGACCAUGGAGACCCAGGGUCAGGAGACGGGCCGGGAAGGCAGGACAGGGCGGUGGUCAACAGAAGGGACGCGCCGUCUCCUGGCCCACAGAGAUAGUGGGAUCUGUCAGUCCUUUCCCGGAUGCUGGGAGAAGAGAGCAGCAAACUUGCGGUCUAUGUAGGUAGCGAGCAAGAGGUUUAAUUUA